AUGUUAAGCUUACAUUUUGUGAAAAGUUACAAAAUAUUCAAAGAAAAAUGUCAGCUACACUCCAAAAAUGUUACAGCGUUGAAGAAACAUCUACCUUCAUACGUGAAACAAUCACUGGCAUCACGACAUGAAGACAAAGAACACUCAAGUUUCAACAUUCUUAGUGUUGGUAGUGGCACAGGAGAAAUUGAUAUCGAAAUUACAAACAUCGUUGCUAAAGAACUGUGCAGUAAUGGUAACUGGGAAAGUAUCAGAAUUUUAAACCGUGCAAUCGAGCCAAACAAGUUUUCUUGUGCUGAAUAUGAAGCUAAUGUCUCCGCAAUGAUUGAAAACUCUCCUGCCAGCUAUGAAAUCAUACCUCAAACGUUCAGUGAAUAUCGUAACAGCGUGUCGAAUGAAAGUGUAAAGAUUGAUCUGAUUCAUUUCAUUCAUAGUUUAUAUUAUGUUGAUAUAGAGAGUGCUAUUUAG